CAUGGGACACUUGCAAACCUUUUGAUUAAUUUUUCACUGAUUAAAGAGAAGCCAAAUCCAAUAUCCUUUCUCUUGCACUGUCUCACUUGUUCCUUGCAGCCCAAGCCGACCCAAAUUCGACACGGUGUUGACCUGGCUUUAUUUAGCUAGAUCAGAAAAUCUAUCGACCAGAUCCGCCACCCUCUCUUCUAACACUCUGACCUUGGGAAUCGCCGGCCCUACCAUUUGAAGCGUCAGCAAGAGCAAGACCACGACCGAGUCCUCCAUCUUCCUCUCUAAUUUAUCUCCGCUGAGUGGUUGGACUUCCCAUUCCCCCACACCUUGCUCCGACCCGCCUCCAAUUCCAACUCUUCCCAUCUAUGCGCUGCUUCGAUGGCGGCCCCCGGAGACGAGACAGAGAGUCCCCGACGCCCCCACCACCACCAGCAAACAAGACGGAGACCGAAGACGAUGACGGCGGAGGGAAUGGCCGGAAAAGGAGACAGCACCAGAGCCCGAUGUCGAGCACCGCCCAGACGCCCACCGUCUCCACCGCCACCUCCCCCGGCGCCACCAUCAAUCUCGGCGACGAGUACACCCUCGCCGUCCAGACCAACUCCUACAACGAAAUCUGGGCCAAAAUCCACUCGGGCGAUGGGCCGGCGACCGAGAACGAGGACGUAGCGCCGCCGUCGGCGGCGCUAUCGCCGGCCCGAUUGAUCGCCCGGGUGCUCCAGCCGGACCGGGCGUCGAUCCAGGAGGUCCUCUGCACCGCACCGCCCUCCCACCUCACCCGCCUCGUGUCCUCCUACUUCGACAGCAGCGAGAGCACCUCCGCCGCCUGCCUCUCUCUCCGCCGCGCCGUCGACCAUGCCCGCCCCCUCUACGACCCCAUCAGCAAGCUCCUCGAGCUCCUCCCUUGCACCUCCCCCUCUCCCACAUCCGCCGGCACCGGCCCUGGCCCCCACCUCACCCCGGCCCAGUGCGACUGGGCCUUCGACACCUUCUUCGAAUUCGAUCGCCUCGACAACCCCUUUCCCGCCCCCUCCACCGGCUUCCAGGGCAUGCGCCGGUGCUUCUCCGAGCUCCGGCAGCAGCUCGAAUCCCACCUCCGCAAGGCCCGCCGCCGCCGCCGCCUGCUGCGCCGCGCCACCCGCGGGGCGGCUGCCUGCCUGAUCGGCGCGGCCGCGGGUGCCGCCGUGGCCGCUCUGGUGAUCGCCACCCACGCGCUGGCGGCGUUGGUGGCGGGGCCCGCCGUGUGCCUGCUGCCGGGGGAUCUGCUCGCGGGCCCGAGGCGGCGGGCGAGGGAGCACAUGGCGCAGCUGGACGCGGCGGCGAGGGGGACCUAUGUACUCAACAAUGACUUGGAUACUAUCGAGAGGCUGGUGGCGCGGCUCCACGAGACGGUGGAGAGCGACAAGAAGCUGGUGCGGCUCGGGCUGGAGAGGGGGCGGGGGAUGCGCCACCCCAUCGAGGAGGUGCUGCGGCAGCUCCACAAGAACCACCCCUGCUUCCUCCACCAGCUCGAGGACCUCGACGAGCACAUCUGCCUCUUCUUUGCCGCCGUCAACCGUGCGCGGUCCCUCCUCCUCCGGCAGAUCCACCACCACCACCACCACCGGCAUAGCGGGUGACUCCUGAUUGCGGUGCUCACCAAUUCUUUGUUAACAAACGAAUGAUCUAUCUAAAUAUAAGUAUUGAAGCACAAUCAACCACAAAGAUUAUAUGAAUGGUGUAAAGAGAAGGAAUGAAGGAGGAUGGAGGGGUCUAACCGGCACCUGCACCGAGCUGCUCUUCUCUGUCGUCGUCGUCCUUGGUACUCAGGGCAAGAGCAUGAUGUACCCAUGUUUCCUUGUUUCAGGAUAUGAACCCAUAAUGUAUCCUUUCCCUCUCCAAAAAAGGGGGAAAAAGUCCUUUCUAAUUCUAAACGAACUGUUCCUAGGUGUAGUCCGGAGGGCACCCAAGGAUAUAUUGAUUGUUUUACUGAAAUUCGAAACGAACUGUGCUUUUGCAAUUAUAACGGAACUGUUCUAAAUUUAAGGAGGGCGAAUCCUUUUCCUUUUGUGUAUUUUGGUUUGAUUACUUUCUCAAGAAUAUGUAUCAUCUAUGCAUCUA